UAGAACAGAGGUUUCACAGUAAAGAGUAUGAGCAUCUCAACAGAAAGGGUCUGGGAGUGUCAUUCCUAAUCUGAGAGGAGUGCUGACGCUUUGGAUGCUGUCCACCCAUCUGACCUGCACGAUGUCAGACUUUGAGGAUUUCACCUGGCCAGGAGGGCAAGCCAAUGUAUCUGAAAGCUAUCAACUGAACCCCACCAGUGUGAUUGUGUCAGUGGUCUUCUCUCUCAUAUUCCUGCUCGGCACCAUUGGCAACAGUUUGGUGCUCGCUGUACUGCUGCGAAGCGGACAGGUCGCAUACAACACGACCAAUCUGUUCAUACUCAACUUGAGCGUGGCUGACUUCUUCUUCAUCAUCUUUUGCGUUCCUUUCCAAGCUACCAUCUACUCUCUGGAGGGAUGGGUAUUUGGUUCCUUCAUGUGCAAAGUCGUCCACUUCUUUAUCAACCUUACCAUGUACGCCAGCAGCUUCACAUUGGCCACCGUGUCUGUUGACAGGUAUCUGGCUAUUCGCUAUCCUCUGCGCUCCAGGGAGCUAAGGACCCCUUGUAAUGCUGUGGUUGCCAUGGUAGUUAUCUGGGGUCUUUCCCUGGUCUUUGCGGGUCCAUAUCUCAGCUACUAUGACCUGAUUGAUUAUGCCAACAGCACUGUGUGUAUCCCCGGCUGGGAGGAGCAGAAUCGUAAGGUGCUGGACACGUGCACCUUCCUGUUUGGCUAUGUCAUCCCUGUGCUUAUUGUGAGCCUCUCGUACACUCGAACUAUCAAGUACCUGUGGACGGCUGUUGACCCUCUGGACGGCAUGUCAGAAUCCAAGAGGGCUAAACGCAAAGUCACCAAAAUGAUCAUCAUCGUCACUGUACUUUUCUGCAUAUGCUGGCUGCCGUACCACGUGGUGAUCUUGUGUUACCUGUAUGGAGAUUUCCCAUUUAAUCAGACCACAUAUGCCUUCAGGCUUCUCUCUCACUGCAUGGCCUACGCCAACUCUUGUGUCAAUCCCAUCGUGUACGCUCUGGUCUCCAAACACUUUCGCAAAGGUUUCAAGAAAGUGUUCAGCUGCAUCCUCAGUAAACAUGGGAGAAAUAAGGUUCACGUGGUUCAUGUAGCCAACACUGUGCCUGGGUUUGAAGCCGGCUCUACUGAGGUGUCACAGAUGAACGAGGAGAACGUGCGACAGAAUGAAUGUGAAAUGAUCAACAGGCCAGUCGCAGAGCCAAGAGAAGCCACCGUGUCCCUGAAUUUGCCCUUUCAGCAGCAGCAGACUUGACAACUGGUUCAGAUUGGUUAAAUUGGCUCAGCACAGAUUGCCUUUUGUGAAUGACGUUGCAGCUAAUGUUUAAAAAUUUACUAUUCAUAUUUUUGAUGGCAAAAAAGAUGUAACAGGGAUUUGUUCAUAUUUGGAGAGACAAAAUAUUAAGGAGCAUAAAGCUAGUCCACUACAGCAAUGUAUUUGUUUUAUCACUUACCUAAACAUAUAUUUUAUAUCCCCAAACAACUUCCUGUUACUUAGAAAGUUAGAAAUGUUUAUUGUUAAGCUAAAUGAGAAAUGUUCUCACUUUCCCCUGUCUUCACUAUUUGCCUUAAUCAUGGUUUGCACUUUACCUCAUAUUGUCAUUUGUCACAAUGUUUGAGACUUCAUAUUGUCCUAGCACUUUCUAGGACCAACACAGAACCUGUCCAAUAAUAUGUUAUGCUUCACCUGAUCCAAAAAAAAAUAUUAAAAAGUUGGCAACUGGGGAGGAAAUUUCGUGUGAGUCAGCACUAUAUGCUACUUUUCUGACUUCAAACAGACUUUUUCAUGGAGGAUUGGGGUCCCUCUAGAGCUCAGGCAUCAAAGUCAGAAAAAUGGCAAUGCACAGCAAAGCAGUGCUCCUCCUCCAUAUAAAGACCAUCUUAUGGGAUUCAUUAGCAUUUCCAACACCAUAUUCAACUGUAGAUUUCGUGUUCAGGUGCUUCAAGCCCUCAUAUGGCAUUUACCCGGCAUUAGUUCAAUUUUAGCUGCACUAUAUAAAACAUUUUGACCUACUUCAACCUCCAAGUCAUUAGGGCUCCAUAAGUGGAGCAGAAUGUUAUUUGGGUUCAUUGUUUUGUAUUUUGCAUGAAGAUGCUGUUCUGUCUUUUCAAGAUAUUGACAGGUG